CUAACAAAUUUUUUCUUUUUUUGACUUCCUUCAAAUCCCCAUUUUUCCCUUUCUUGCUCUCCCUUUGGGCCACCCCAUUCUCCAUUCAUUCCUUCAUUUCUAACAUUUCCCUUCCUUCUCCUUGAUUUCUCUAUAGAUAAAAAUAAAUAAAAAAAAACAAAAAAAAGUAAUUUGGAUCUUUUUCUUUGCAUUUUGUCCCAAUGGGGGGUUGUUGCUCAAAGGCAGAGUCUGAUCCUGCACAAAAUUCUAAUGAAGAAAUUGCACAAUCAUAUUCAAAACAAGGAGAAUCACAUGCAGGAAAUCAUGACACCACACCAUCCAAGAUACCACCUCAUGCAUCACCAAACCAUUCAUCAAAACCAUCUAAAGCAGCCCCAAUAGGGCCAGUUUUAGGUAGGCCAAUGGAGGAUAUAAAAGCAACAUAUACACUAGGAAAAGAGCUAGGAAGAGGUCAAUUUGGUGUAACACAUUUAUGUACACAUAAACAAACAGGCGAACAAUUUGCAUGCAAAACAAUUGCCAAAAGAAAAUUGGUAAAUAAAGAGGAUAUUGAGGAUGUAAGAAGGGAAGUGCAAAUAAUGCACCAUUUGACAGAACAACCAAAUAUUGUGGAAUUAAAAGGGGCAUAUGAAGACAAACAUUCUGUGCAUUUGGUUAUGGAAUUGUGUGCUGGAGGUGAACUUUUUGAUAGAAUUAUUGCUAAAGGACAUUAUACAGAAAGAGCAGCUGCUUCAUUGUUAAGAACAAUUGUGCAAAUUGUACAUACUUGUCAUUCAAUGGGAGUUAUUCAUAGAGAUCUUAAACCUGAAAAUUUCCUCCUCCUUAGUAAAGAUGAAGAUGCACCUCUUAAGGCUACUGAUUUUGGUCUUUCUGUGUUUUACAAGCAAGGAGAUGUGUUUAAAGAUAUAGUGGGCAGUGCAUAUUACAUAGCACCAGAAGUGUUGAAGAGAAAAUAUGGUCCAGAAGUUGAUAUUUGGAGUAUUGGUGUCAUGUUAUAUAUUCUUCUUUGUGGUGUUCCUCCUUUUUGGGCAGAAUCUGAAAAUGGAAUAUUUAAUGCAAUAUUAAGGGGACAUGUUGAUUUUUCAAGUGACCCUUGGCCUUCAAUUUCUUCUGGAGCUAAGGAUCUUGUUAGGAAAAUGUUAAAUUCAGACCCAAGUCAGAGGUUGACAGCACUUCAAGUCCUAAAUCAUCCAUGGAUAAAGGAGGAUGGAGAAGCACCAGAUACACCACUUGACAAUGCUGUUCUCAAUAAGCUCAAAAACUUUAGAGCUAUGAACAAGUUCAAGAAAGUUGCUCUUCGGGUAAUUGCAGGGUGCCUCUCUGAAGAAGAAAUUAUGGGAUUGAAGCAGAUGUUCAGAGGCAUGGAUACUGAUAAUAGUGGCACAAUAACACUUGAGGAAUUAAAGCAAGGAUUAGCCAAACAAGGGAAUAAAUUAUCAGAUUAUGAAAUUAAACAAUUAAUGGAAGCUGCUGAUGCUGAUGGAAAUGGGACAAUUGAUUAUGAAGAAUUCAUCACAGCAACAAUGCACAUGAAUAGAAUGGACAGAGAAGAACAUCUUUACAAAGCUUUCCAAUACUUUGAUAAAGAUAAUAGCGGGUAUAUUACAAUGGAAGAAUUAGAGCAGGCUUUACGAGAAUUUGGUAUGAAUGAUGCAAAGGAUAUAAAAGAAAUUAUCUCUGAAGUUGACUCUGAUAAUGAUGGUCGUAUAAAUUAUGAUGAGUUUGUUGCUAUGAUGAAGAAAGGAAAUCCAGAAGCAGCAACAAAUGCAAAGAAACGAAGGGAGGUUUUCGUCGAGUAAAUUAUUGUUGUUGUUAUUGUUGAUAUCAGAAGAAUUCGAAAAAAAUAAAAACUAUAUUGGUGUCUUCAUUGAGGGGAGGGAGACCAAAUUUCAAGAGAGUUUCAAAAUUAUAGAUGCUCUUGUAUAUUAAUUAAGAUGUUAAAAAAAAUACAAAGGAAAAGAAAAAUAAGAUAGUAGAAUUGAGGGAUGUAUAGUUGGGGUUUGAGGGUAAUUUUUUAUUUUUUAUUUGUAAAUCCAUGGUUGUUUUUGAGUUGGAAACAAUGGGUUCUUUAAUGUA